AUGAGAUCCCUGGAAGCCGGGAGGACACAUUCUGCUUCAAUCGCAACUGCGCCAGCCUCAUACGAACAAUCGAAAAACAAAGGGCAAAAGGUCAUUGAGUUCGAUUGUCGAGGGCUCGAAUUUACGGAAUUUAAGGCUGAUGGAGACUGGGAAGCGAAGGGGAUUGAAUCAUCAACGACAUUUUCAGGCAUCGAUCUCACAGACGGGGAGUGGUAUGAUUAUGACGAGAAGAUGGGCCAGGAGGUUAGUAUCAAGGACGUGAUUUGGGACAUUCGCAGGGCUUGA